GCGAUCUUUCCGCUGUAUUUUUGGCAAUUAUUAUGUUCUGGGAUAUGUGGGUAUAUAAUAUAGAUUCACGUUGUUCACCUCACAAUUAUCUAAAUCCUAGCUCCAACGGUCAUGCUCUCUGCUUUUCAAUUCUUUGGUUCCGCUUCUCUCUGCAUUCUCAAUCGGGCUUCUGGGAGGAGCGACAUUCAUCAUCUGCUAAUAUGAGUUCAACUAAUGGUGAAGUCGCAGAUCAGAAGCCCUUCAGGAUCUUCGUGGGUUAUGAUCCUCGCGAAGAAGAUGCCUACCAGGUCUGUCGCCACUCAAUCCUCAAGAGGUCUUCCAUUCCUGUGGAGAUCGUACCCAUCAAGCAGUCCGAUCUGAGGAGCAAGGGCUUGUAUUGGCGUGAAAGAGGGCAGCUCGAGAGCACCGAGUUCUCCUUUUCCAGAUUCCUGACCCCGUGCUUGGCCGGUUAUGAGGGCUGGGCAAUGUUUGUGGACUGCGAUUUUCUGUACUUGGCAGAUAUUAAGGAACUAAGGGACCUGAUCAAUGAUAAGUAUGCCGUGAUGUGUGUUCAACAUGACUAUGCUCCAAAGGAGACCACAAAAAUGGACGGGGCUGUUCAGACCGUGUAUCCAAGGAAGAAUUGGUCUUCCAUGGUGCUGUACAAUUGUGGUCAUCCCAAGAACCGUGUCCUCGCUCCCGACACAGUGAACUCACAGACGGGUGCUUUCCUUCAUAGAUUUCAAUGGCUUGAGGAUGCUGAGAUUGGGUCCAUCCCACUUGUGUGGAAUUUUCUCGAGGGUCAUAAUAAGGUUGUAGAGAAAGAUCCAAAUACAUUCCCCAAGGCUAUCCAUUAUACUCGUGGAGGGCCGUGGUUUGAAACUUGGAAGAAUUGCGAAUUUGCUGAUCUCUGGCUCAAUGAAAGGGAAGAUUAUCUGAUGCAAGCAAAGAAGAAACUGUCUACAAAUUAGAUUGGAAUUGAAUUGUUGGUACGUUUUCAUGUUAUUACGAGUCAAUUACGUCAUUUGAUAACUUUCUCAGCCUUUUGGCUAAGAUAGGCGUAGAAUAUGUUCUCAUACUCAAGUAGUAGAAAGUUCUGAGACCAUUGGUCCCAAUUCUAUUUGCAGCAUAGUGGAUUAUAAUAAAGUGAAGCUAUUGAGAGUGGGCUAAUGGUAUGGGCUGUAUUUUGUUUUUCGGCCAUUAUGAGCUGUGUACACAUUAAAGUGCUAAAUUUUAAGGCAUUCAUUUCCGUUUUA